AUGCGACUGGUAGCCGUCUUUCCAGCAAGUUCAUCAUUUGGUGCAGAUGUACUGCCUUCAGCAGUUUUCAUUUCCCGAGUUGCUCCAUCAUCUAAGGCCGAUGUACUUUUAUCUGAUGCUGGCCCGUCUGGUAACUUUCUCUCGGCUCUGAGUUGUUCAGCAAUGGCCUCUUUCUCCCUUCUUGCCCUCUCCAGCUUGAAUUGUCGUCUCUCUACCCGCCUCAUCCCUGUUGCCUCUUCGCUUGUGCUUUGGCCAAUAAGCCCUCUUCUUUUUUUCUCGCGUUCGAGCCACGACGGCUCGCUUCUACUUAGGCUACCUUUACCAAAGAAACCCAUUUCCCAUAAUAUACGGAUGGUCUUGGAAUCUGUAACUUGGAUGGAAGAGGUGGAAGCGUCAAAAUAA